GAGGAGGAGGAGGGGGAGGAGGAGGAGGCUCCGAUCAGGGUUCUUGUUGUGAUGUGCUUGCUUCUCCGAGAAGGAGCAGGUGGUAAGUGCAUUGUGUUGGUGGAGGAAGAACAGUCAGGGGAGCCGUGUGUUUGGAACCCAGGGCGGCUGUGUCGCGUCGGACGGGGAUUGGUGCAGUGGAGCUUGAGGUUGACGCUGGGCUUUCUAUUCUGGUUCCAUGUGGGUGGGGGGCAAUUGAAGACGCCGGAUUGUGUCGGGUUUGAUGCACAUGGAAAGGUUGCAGGUUCUGGGUGUUAUCGGAGGUUUCGGAACCGCAGGUUUUGGGUUUUUCGAGCAACACGGGUGGUUGACAGGUCUCUGCACGCAGGAUGGCGACUGGUGGCGGUGGGGACGAUGACCCCACUAAUGCAAAUGUGGUUGCUACAGCUGAGCAUGAUUCAGGCGUGGCGAAGGGCAAGAGAAAUUUAAAUGCCGCUGCCAGUUUUUUCAUACCUUUGUCCAAAAAGGCGAAACUUGCCCCCGUAGCGGACCUUGUGGUAGAAGUUAAUAAGAAUGCAAGCGUUGCAGGGGAAGAGAAGGACGACGAUUUUCAGGAGCCCUCGGUGACGUCGGUCCUGGCGACAAUAUUUGACAAGAAACCAUCUCGUAAGAAGGCAAAUGUACGAAAAGAUCAGAAAAAGGAGGUAGAAAAUGUACCUUCAUUGCAAGAUGUUCAGACGGGAGGAUCCCAACUUCAGUGCCCCCCCGAACAUAAACAGGAAGUGGGGCAAUCACCCUCCAAAAAAUCAUCGAAGACAUCCACAGCAAAGAAGAAACGUAAACCUCAGCAGAGUGUUCUGGAUACUAAGCCAUCUGUGGGAGUUCAUGGUGCUGACCUUUUUCUGCAAGCAAGGCUUGCGGCAGAGGAAAAUACGAGGUUAAGUGCAGGCAAGGCAACACAUCCUUUCUUUGCUCGUCCAAAGUCGGGUGGUGCACGGUCUUUGGGUACAGACGAGGCAAUACAUGCCACUAAAGGUCGGAGUCUUAAUUCAGCUUCAGACUGUGCCGAGAAACCUCGUCGAAUGAGCCCCCUUAAACCCCCUCACCCCUUUUUUGCUCGACAAAAUUUGGGGGGUGCAAAAGCCAUGACAGUUGAUGAGCCUCUGCAUAGCUUGGAAAGCGACAGUCUGCCUCCUUCUGCGCCCUUUCAUAUAACACAAAAUAUGGCGGAGGAUGAGACAAAGCCGGUAUGGAAUUCAAACUGGACGUGGCGUGAUAUGCCUGCUAAAGCAGAUCAGAAAAUUGAGGGGGUCUAUUCGUUCUUAGCCUCCCAGCCUUCAUAUUCAUGGACUUGGCCGUCUUCAGAGAAGCGGAAAAUGCAACCCCUUUCAAGAGUUGAUGCUUUUAGGCGUGUUAUCGACUACUUGACGGGUAAAGAUGCAGGUACACAGUUCUUGCUUGGUGAGGAGGUGGAAUCUGUCGCUGCUGAAACCCAUAAGCUGGUGCAAAUGUUUUCCUCGUAUUACUAUCCCUAUGUGCAUAAAGACUUCCUUGAGCCAAAUUCAGCACUACAAACUUCGACAGAGCGUCAAUUGAAAGAUGUUAAUAGCAGUCGGAACGCAUUGUGGACUGAUCAAUAUCAGCCUCAAACAUGUCAAGAGGUUUGUGGAAAUAAAGAGUGUGUUAAAACUCUAAGCUCCUGGCUUCAGAGCUGGGGAGAAAAGAUUCUUCAACAAAAGGGUUCAGUGAAAAAUAAAGAAGAAGAAGAAGGCAGCUUCAUUGAUGAUGACAGUGAUUUUGAAGACUCGCCUUCCGAAAUCGAUGACAAUGACGAUUUAUAUAAUUGUCUCCUUGUCACGGGACCUGUUGGGUGUGGCAAAUCUGCAGCAAUUUAUGCAUGUGCCAUGGAACACGGCUUUACAGUAAUUGAGGUCAAUGCUUCGGAAUGUCGAAGUGGAGCAUUAAUAAAGCACAAAUUCAGCCAGGCUAUGGGAUCUCAUGGUCUAAGCAAGAGGCAAUUAUCUGCUGCAAUGGACGCUUCUGAUGAGCAGCUAGAUGCAUAUCAAAUGUUGAAACAAGGAGAGGGUUGUCGAAAGAGUAUUUCUUUUUGCGGAGAACCUGAAAAUCAGGUACCGCAAUCACAGAGUGCCUAUCGAAGCAAUCUGCCUCCUCCUUCGUUGCGAGGAUUAAGAGUCAUUCUUUUCGAAGACGUGGACAUAGUGUUUGAGGAAGACUCUGGAUUCAUGAACGCACUGACGCAGCUGUCUAAAACCUCCAAGUGCCCUAUCAUAUUUAGCAGCAACAGUCAAAAGCCAGCACUGCCACAGGUUAGGGGGCUGCAAGUCAUCAGAUUUGAGCAACCAUCAACGGCUGAAUUAGUUGCACACGCAUGCAUGGUUUGUAUGGCGGAGGGAGUGUCGUGCAGCCCGGAUAUAGUCGAGCACAUUGUGAAGACAAGCGAUCAUGACCUCCGCAAGCUCCUGAUGCUUCUCCAAUUCUGGACUCAGGGAUCUCCUUCUGACUCCAAAUACUGGAAAGAUAUUAGUGCUGUCGAGGGUUCAUUGUCUGCGCAAACCAAUAAGCAAAACCCAAAUCUGGUUAAUUGCUUGUUGCAGUUGGAUGGUUGUCCUCGAGUUCCUGCCACGAGAAUACACACGGCUGACAGGCUCCUUAUUGAUGAGGAACUUAAUAACAUUAAGCCCAAGAAUAAUUCGGAAAUGGUUGGCAUUUGUCAAGAACCUGACCCAAGGAAUAUCCGUGAAGGAAUGUGUUUGGAUUCCGACCGGCUCUUUGCUUAUGAUUGUCAACAUCGUAUACUCCCUCUACUCUUUCCUUGUACGGUAUCGUGCCAGCUGACAACUAUGGUUUCUAAACGUCUUGAAGAUGCAAAUCAGAAAGUCAGGGAAAUGGUGGACUUCGAAGUCAAUGUGUGGUCUCGCCAUAGAUUUGACGAGUUGAAGUCCAUAGCGGACGCUCACUCCAGGGCUCGAAAGGCGUUGCAGAAACUUCAAGCUGCUGCCCGAAAAGAUGAAAAUGGAAAGUCAUGCAUCAAGCCUUCGAAUGGUUUCUCCUUUAUGAAGCUGAUGCAGGGUUCAUACGACAGCCCUGAUGCCCAGACUGCUAGUAAUGAAUGCACCAAAGACACUUUGUGCCUACUGCAAGAACAUCACCGCAGUAGUUCUGAGGAGCGGGAAGACGAUUUGACACCCGCAUGCUUGUCACAUGAUCAGGACAGGCCUGCGAUGCAUCCAGCUCGUGCGAUCAGAAACUACGCUGGUUUUCAGUAUGAUGAACAUCCGAAGCUACUACCCCCUUUAGAUUCUGAUACGCUGUGUACUGGAAGCCUGCCAGACGUUGAAGGAUUACUUCGUGGACACGAGUGUAUUCCUGGAUUACACUUUAGUGUGACUCAUCCAAUCAUGGCUGAUUUGGGCGCUGAUUCUGUCCAGCAAAGUGUAAAUGUAUCGGAUGCCACAGCCUCUCAGUCUACUAAUUUCGCCGUUCAGAGCAUUGUUCCUUCAGGACUUCAAGAAGUCUCUGUGAACAGGCCAGUGGAAGAGAGUAAACCGGAUUUAACAACAAUUCCAAUUGAUAACCUUACAAUUCAUCAUGAUGUGGAAACUUCGACUUGUGCGGGUGAACAUUCACAUAUCCCAGACCUACCCCUUGAGUGUAAAAUUCUUAAUUUAACAAGUGCCGUGAUGGAGUAUACAUGGUCAGAAUUAAGAAGUCUGCCGUUGAAAAAGCAUUUCACUUUAGACAUGGACAAUGGUGCCAGUAUUUUGUUGGACGACAUUCUGGAUGAUCUCUCGUCAUGUGAUUUUCUUUCUAGCCGAACUACAUCAGCAUUUAAGCAUGUUGAGGUGUCUGUAGAGCAGCAAAGACCAGGGAACGAUGCUUAUAGGGGAGAUAGCAGCGGUGAUAGUUGUACAGAAUCAGCUGCGGUGCUUGCACAGCUGCGGCUUAAUCAAGCUUUGAACAAACUCUUACCUUCAAACGGUCCUUCUGCUGGAACUUGGGAAGUGAGACCAUCUUUUUCUCAGCAAGAGAUUGUUAGGGAGGAGAAGCGACUCGGUCAUGACGAGUGUGUAAAUCAACUUCUGCCCCAGCGGUGUAGGAGCUUGGGAAGAUUGGCCAGGCUGGAUUACAUUUCGUUUUAUCCUCAGUUGACCCCCUCUACAGCUGGACCUGAAGUUAGAAUGGAACGCGCAUUGAGACAUCGCAAGCUUACAUGAUUUUAUGAUUUUUUUUUAUCAUCCUUCAAGAUUUUACAUAUUCUACUUGGUGUAAUCUUCCAAUCUCAUUUAAGGACUGCACUCUGCAGUGAACAUUUGCGAACACGUUGCUACGGAAUCAUGCAGAUAACCAAGGAGAAAGAGGUCACUGAAGUGACUGUUGCGACUUGUAUCAUUUUUCUGCUUUGAUGUCGAUUUUUGGAUUUUUGGUUUUUGUU